UGCUGUCCUUCUCCUCAGAACAAGAUCCGGAGGAGACGGGCAGCUGUGACAGAAGCUCCCCCACAACACUCUACUGUACCCGGGCAGGACGAGCGGCGCGCAUCGGUGCUACUAACUAUCCUCCAGCCGUGUGCUCUGCUCUGGAUACGCCUUUACAACCUUCAGGCGACGCCUUUCCUCCUUUUAUCCACGCUUUGUGCACUUAUUUCACCAAUCUCCAGCGAAGGGACACUGUUGCUUCUAGUUUUAGCCACCGAUCCAUCGCUGCUAGCCUCUUCUGACCGUGUUUGGGCUCGCAAAACUCGGCUGUCACGUCGUGGAAGUGCCGCUAAACAGACCUGGGACAUUCAGUGAAAAUGGGUGACAUAACCCCAUCCACAUCUCAUACAUUUCAACCCGAGGGUUUCAGUCCGCAGUAUCGGAGGAGGAGGACUGUCGAAGACUUCAACAAGUUCUGCACUUUUGUGUUGGCCUAUGCCGGCUACAUCCCAUAUCCACAGGAGGACUCUCCCGUGCGCAGUAGCUCCAGUCCCCCCAACAGCACCGGCAGCACAGCAGACAGUGACGGCUGGACCCCGGGACCCUCUGCCCCCUGCCCCCCACGUGCCAACAAGGUCCCCACACAGGACCGUAACAGGAAGCGACCACAGCCAGGUGGCGCUCUGCCUGCACACCCUAAAAAAGAGCUCACUGUCAGCUCCUUUCACCCAGACGAGCGCAGAAAAGUCGACAAACUGAAAAAGAAGAAGAGACGAAAGGAGCACUUACCUGGAGACACUCACUCACCUAUACCUGAGCUGCAGUGCGGCCGACCAAUCAAAGACGAGCCUGACGAUGACAUCAGCAUCGCCCUGCCCAGCCCUGCCCACUCAUCCUCGGGGUAUAAGGAGGAGGGGGAGUUUCAGAGGGGGCAGUACCCGGGCGAAGAGAGGCGUGGGUGGGACCUGCAGGACGGUGUGGUGCAGAAGGUGGAGGGCUUGCCCAGUAACAGGACGGUGUUCAGACAGGGCAAACAGGUGGUAUUCAGGGACGAAGACGGGUCUGGAGAGGACGAAGACAUCAUGGUGGACUCAGAUGAUGACUCGUGGGACUUGGUGACGUGUUUCUGCAUGAAGCCGUUUGCGGGCAGAGCCAUGAUCGAGUGCAACACCUGUAACACCUGGAUCCACCUGUCCUGCGCCAAGAUCCGUAAGAGCCACGUGCCCGAGACCUACGUGUGCCAGAGCUGCCGGGCGCGAGGCCUCGGGAGGGCAUCAGGGCCAGGGGCCGAGCCGACAGGGGCGGGAGGGGCAGGGCAGGACGCUCGCAGGUCCAACCGCUCACGAGUCGGACCCAAAAAGCACAUGCUGGACUGAAGAAGGCGCCGUAGAGGCGCAUGGGGUCAAAGGUGAACCCCAACCGUGGGAUGGACUCGGUGCUGCCCCCUUCUGCCCCAGUUCAGGUCUCCCUCCUCCCUCCAAGUGUGAAAGUUGGGCCUCAUAAGGAAAUGUAAACCUACACAAGCAACAUGUGCACAAAUUUGAAUUGUUCUUCCCAAAAGUAUUAUUAAACUGUGAUAAACGGAAAACUGUUCUAUUCAGAUUAAAAGACAAUUUAAAUAUUUAUUUUUAGACAAAUGCAUUUUUUUAGAGGGAGCUUUAGGGUUGUCCAAAAUUAGAAAAUUGUUUACUAAUCUAUACUAAAACUAGAAUCGAAACUAGAAACUCAUUUGAGCAGGAAUCAAUAGUGAAAAAAUCCCCAGUCAGCAUGAAGUCUUUCUUUGAACUCUCACUGUUCACUGGUGCUGAUUGUUUUCAGUGAGAGCUUCUACACUGAUGAGAGCAAAGUUACUGCAAAAUACCUUAAAAAACUUACAUUCUUACUGUGAGUAGGCUCCCUUUCCACAGAUUUUAGAGCUUGGCCUGGUGGCAUUAUCUGCUUGUCGCCAUGAACAUAGAUGAGGUUAAAGCUAUACUGUGUAACAUGGCAAGGCAAUAGCCCCCCUCAAGAAAAAUUAUGUAGCACAGUUUAUAAAGCAAAUUGGCUUUAGGCUUUUGUACUUACAAACACAAAUGUGUCACUUUUUUUGUAAUCAUUUUAAAAGUUGUAGGUCUAUAUUACUUCUUUGGUCCAGUUUUCCCGCUCCUCCUUCUCUCCUCAAAACCACUUUUCGAUUAUGGACCUAAAUCUAAGGACUUCCUGUUUGUCGGAAGCCAUUUUGGAUCCCAGUGACUCUGUGCGUACGGCAAUCACACGUGUACGUCAACGUUUGUCCAUAAACAUUAGCAUAGCAACAAGCCGCUAACAUUUUCGGGGAGGGAGUUCUCAUCAACGAACACUGGAACUGCCAUAGAGAAGCCCCUCCCCCUUGUAACUGCCACCCUGACCCUGGUGCAUGCUGGGAUUUGUAGGAAAAAAUGGUUUGCACUUUGUUUUUCACCUUAAGCUCUCAUAUUAUACUUUAUUUUGGCUUUUCAAAGUGAAUGAAGUUGUUUUAGAACUUCAAAUGUAUAACAUAUAUCCAUAUAUUCUCCUGUUGGAAGAGAAUGAUGAAAGGGGUACGUUGAAAAGGCUAUUUAGCAUCACUAGCAUUUCUAGUGUAGUCAGUGAUGGCUGUGGUUCUAGUCCCGGGUUUUUAGUCCUGGUCUUGUCCCUAGUCCCUGGUUCAAAGUCGUAUGUAAUAAGGAUGCCACAAGAGCAGGACUAAACCAGGACCUGGUCUUCUUGGCCAGGAGUUUAGAAGGAUUUUAGCUGUAGACUUGGAAACUUGGCACUUAAAAAAAAAAAAAAAGACGGGACUAAACCAUAUGUGAUGGAUAUGCCUCUGCAGACAAUGAACACACCACAGUGCAGGACUAGGAAAAAACAGAACUUAAAAUCCAGAUAAGCAAAAGCAGGACUAAACCAGAAAGUAGACCAGAGACUAAAUGUUCCCACUGCAGAGCCCACAAGAGCUGUACUGAACCAGGACUAAACACAGACUAAAGUUAAGACUAAACCAGGGUUUAAAACUAGGACUAAACCAGGACCAACUUCAACAAAACUGCUACAGAGAGAUUUCUUUGUGGUUCAGAUGUAACAUUUGUUAAAUUUUGAAAGCCAGUUUCGAAUAAUAUGGGAGCUUUAAUAAUAUUUUCUGUUUUAAUUUAACGGUUGCUCUGGAAAUGCCUCAAUGUCAAUGUUACAUACAAAUUGGUUCGAAUUUUGAUAAAAAGAAAUGUGUAUUUUGCUCAAGAUGGUGCUGAAAGUUUAAAAGUAUCAUCAAAAAAUAAUAGAACAAAGUUUGUGAAAUGUUUUCGUUAUUUAAGAUUAUCAGCGUGGCUCUGAGCCGACACAAACCAAUGGUCUUCCAGCCAAACACUGUCCAACUGUGGCAGUGCUUCUCCACUGGUGGGGCUGGGACAUGAGGGGGAAUCUUCUGAAUACUGACAAUAUUACAGUUGUAGAAUAUUGAUGCUUCAUACAUCACGCUGGGAAAAAAACAAACAAACAAACACUUUAAAGUGCAUACAGCAGGUUUUCAUGUUUUUCUCAUUCUGACUUGGUUUGGUGGAAUAGUAUCUGGCUAAUGUUUAUGUGUGUUUUACAUCAGAUAAGCAGUGGUUUGUGAAUACAAGAAAAUACGUGGGGGGGAAAUUACAGGAAGUAGAGCCUAGUUCUCUAAAAAGGAAUCCAUCUACCAAUGUCAUCAGAAAAUGUCAUCUAAAAUGCAGAGACAAUUCACGCAGCCAUUGGAAUUUAUUUUUAUUUGUCUAAUCAUAACUAUUGUGUAACAAAGACAUGUUUUGGCCCUAAUGUACAUUAUGGUUGCUAGGUAACAGUUAUGGAUUUGCCUCUACGUAUGUCACAUCUGCUGCCUACAUCCAACCUGGAAGUAUCAUUAUAAACUUCACCAAAUGUUCUGUUCAUUUAAGUGUAAUUUGUUAAUUAGUUUUGUCCUGUCAUAUGCACUUUAAAACUUAUGUUUGAGAAAUCAACAAAGACACCAAAAUGCAGGGCAUUUUUGGGUCCGACUGCAUGUGUGAAACGCCCUUACUCGCACUGAAUUUAGAUAAUUCUGCCUGUAGUUUUAUCUUUUAAAAAUGUAUUUUUCAUGACACGUUGGGCCCUAAACCACCAGUGGAGAACCACUAGUUUGUCUUACAUUUUUAUUUGAAUUCUUGUCUAAAAGUCAUAUCAAAAGCUAACCACCUCCCGUGUUUAAGUCUGCUAACAACAUUGUCAUAUCAGUAUUUACAUCCCGGUGCAAAGGACUAUGGGAGAUGUAUUUCUUGACACUUUUUCGUCGUAAACCCAGUGUAAGCUUUUCUUCCUGUGCCAUUGCUGUUAGGCCUGUUCGUGUAGGUUUCUGACUGUUUAAAAGCCAUAUUCUAGAGUCGCUUACAGUAGACCCAGGGCUAGACCAGGCAGGUUUCAAAUAGUUGAAAAAUGUUCCUAAAUAAUAUUAAAUACUAAUAAAUAAUGCUGGUCUGAUAAUGAUUCUCCAGACGGAUCUCUCAGGAUUUGCACUUGGUCCCGAGAACAGGUUUGGGAAGACUUGAGUGUAAUAAUAUUUGUGAGGAGGUCUUUGUUAAGUCUUUGAUCUGACCCUGGUCCCAUUUCUGGUCUUGAUCCCAGUCUUUAGUCCUGGUCUUGGAGAGUGUCUAACUGUGGUGCGAGCUGUUUCUGUGAAACUAUUGUAAACUAUUGUAAAUAAAGAGUUCCCAUUUUAA